UUCGAGCAGAAGAUUAUCCAAAUUUUUUUACUAAAGAAAAUAAUGCUUUAUUACGUAAUUUCAUUUUGGUCAUGAAAAACAUUAAAGAUUUUAUUGAAGAAAUCGAUAAUUUUGGUAGUUUUAAAAAAUUUUUUCAGGCAAACAUUAUAAAGCAGACUUUUGAAGAAAUUACUAGUGAUUUUGAUAGUUAUAUGAGCUCUUUGCAAUUUUCUUUAAUAGUCGAUUUAAAACUACAGACUACAAAGGAUAAAGAUCAUGAAGCGUUGAAAAAAGAUGCGAAAGAGUCGGAAGAGUAUUUUAAAUUUCUUUUUGAAAGUAUUCGAUUUACUAAUGAUCGAGUAAUUUCAGUUUCAAAUGUCGAUGAAACCACGAGAAAAGCUUAUGCUUUAUCAAGGAACAUUGAAUAUGUUGUGACUCUCAAAAGUAAUUUAGACAAACAAAUUCAAAAUUAUGAAAUUAAAACAGAUGCACCACUAAAUAUUAAUAACUUUAAAUGUACUGAUGAAGUUCGUAGUAAAAAAGUUAGAAAAUGGUAUAAUGAUAUUUAUGGAAAAGAA